CCCUCUGUGGUGGGUGUGGGGAAACUCGGUGACAUUUGACAGUGCAACAUAUAUAUAAUAACUUUUAAUACAAUUCCUUUUUUUAGCAAAGAAAAUAAUGGCUAAAACGUACGAUUAUUUAUUUAAAUUAUUGUUAAUCGGCGACUCUGGUGUUGGGAAAACAUGCAUACUUUUCCGCUUUUCCGAGGACGCCUUCAAUACCACGUUCAUUUCGACUAUCGGAAUCGACUUCAAGAUUCGCACCAUUGAGCUCGAUGGCAAGAAGAUUAAACUACAGAUAUGGGACACAGCGGGUCAGGAGCGUUUCCGGACAAUAACCACUGCCUACUACCGCGGAGCAAUGGGUAUAAUGCUGGUGUAUGACAUCACACAGGAGAAAUCCUUUGAGAAUAUCAAGAAUUGGAUUAGAAACAUCGAGGAGAAUGCCUCGGCGGAUGUGGAAAAGAUGCUGCUGGGCAAUAAAUGUGAGCUGAAUGAGAAGCGCCAGGUGACGAAGGAUCGGGGGGAGCAAUUGGCUGUUGAGUAUGGAAUUAAGUUCAUGGAGACAUCGGCAAAGGCAAAGAUAAACGUCGAGGAGGCUUUUUUCACACUUGCCAGGGAUAUUAAGGCGAAAACGGAAAAACGAAUGGAAGCAAAUAAUCCUGCAAAGGGGGGCCAUAAACUCAAGGAGGCAGAAGCUGUGAGAAAACCCCACAAUUGGCUCUCGAGAUGUAGUCUCCUCUGACCUGGAUGCCCUCCUACACUGUCCACAUCUCUCUUUCCACCUCUCCCCUCUCUCAUUCAAGCUCUGGUCGGCAAUAAAUCAGUCAUUUCCUUCUGAUGAGGAAGUAAAUAGAAACUUCAUCAGCGCACAGAAAACUUCGUGUCAGCGCACAUCCGGAAAGGCACACAAAUUAAUGGAAAAUCAGGAAGAAAACAGCAGAAAAGGCAGAGCUGCAAGGUAGGACAAAAUCCCAGUAAAAAAAAAAAGAUUUGAAUCCCAAUUUCUCUUGCACAAUGCUGUAUGGAGGAAAUUCUCCCGGAUGGACUUUCAAUCACCUCCCCUCACAACACUACUACUCCCCAGAGCUCCCCCAGGAGAGAGGGUGAGAGAGAUAAUGAUAAAUACCAUGAAUUUACAAGGAAAAGCAAAACGAGAGAAAAAAUGAUAAAAGACGAUCACAUUUAUAAUUUAUUUUUAGAAGAAAAAAUGAGAGAGAAUAGCUACUUA